CCGCCAUCGCCACUCUUCUGAGUUUUGAUCAAUUCGUCUUCGGCGCUCACUCCCGCUAAGCUCCAGCUUUGCCAACAGCAGCCAUGUCGAGCACCAGCGAGAAGAAGACGCAGCAGCAGCAGAAGGCUGAGAAGCCGACGGCGUUGGCGCCGGACGCGGAGAUCGAGAGGGUCUUCACCCGCUUCGACGCCGACGGGGACGGCAGGAUCUCCCCCUCGGAGCUGGCCGCGGUGACGCGCGCCAUCGCGCCGCCGUCCAGCGAGUCCGCGGCCGGCCGCGAGGUGGCGGCCAUGAUGAGCGAGCUCGACACCGACCGCGACGGCUUCGUCGACCUCGGCGAGUUCGCGGCGUUCCACGGCCGUGGCCGCGGGGACGCCGAGCAGGAGGCCGAGCUGCGCGCAGCCUUCGACGUGUACGACGUCGACGGAGACGGGCGCAUCACGGCGGCCGAGCUCGGGAAGGUCCUCGGCCGUAUCGGCGAGGGCUGCAGCACCGAGGAGUGCGAGAGGAUGAUUGCCUCCGUCGACGUCGACGGCGAUGGCUGCGUCGGGUUCGAGGAAUUCAAGAAGAUGAUGUGCCGUGAUGGCGCUGAAACCGGGGUCGCUGACAAGGCCAAGACAGAGUAAAUCAAUUUAGCCGGUGCAAUCUGUAAUGAGGGACAAGUGCAGUGUCAAACUGUCGGGUCAUCUAGAUGUGCUUACUUCUGUUUAUCAUUAUUUUGACCUAGAAACGUUGUAAUAAAAGUGUAAUAUCAA